UCAACCUGUCAUUCCUCUUCAGAUACGGGAGCGUAAUGAUGAAGUACAUCCUGGUAACCGGAGGAGUCAUCUCAGGUAUUGGCAAAGGGAUCAUAGCGAGCAGCGUGGGCACGAUUCUGAAAUCAUGUGGCCUGCAUGUAACCGCCAUCAAGAUCGACCCGUACAUCAACAUAGACGCAGGCACAUUUUCACCCUAUGAACACGGGGAAGUGUUUGUGCUGGAUGAUGGCGGGGAGGUGGAUUUGGAUCUGGGGAACUAUGAACGCUUCCUGGACAUCCGGCUGACCAGAGACAACAACCUGACCACGGGAAAGAUCUACCAAUCAGUCAUAAACAAAGAGAGGAGAGGGGACUACCUGGGGAAGACCGUUCAAGUUGUGCCACACAUCACCGACGCCAUUCAGGAGUGGGUUGUGAAACAGGCUAAAGUACCCGUCGAUGACGACGAUAUCGAACCUCAAGUUUGUGUAAUAGAGUUAGGAGGCACUGUGGGAGACAUCGAGAGUAUGCCCUUCAUCGAGGCCUUCAGGCAGUUCCAGUUUAAAGUGAAGAGAGAGAACUUCUGUAACAUUCACGUCAGUUUAAUACCACAGCCCAGUGCAACAGGAGAGCAGAAAACCAAACCAACCCAGAACAGCGUCAGAGAGCUGAGAGGACUGGGUCUGUCCCCUGAUCUGAUCAUGUGUCGCUGCUCCACGGCUCUGGAGAACUCUGUCAAAGAAAAGAUCUCAAUGUUCUGCCAUGUAGAACCUGAACAGGUCAUCUGUGUGCACGACGUCUCCUCCAUCUACAGAGUCCCGUUACUGCUGGAGAAUCAGGGUGUGGUGGGAUACCUGAGCAGGAGACUCAACAUGCCCAUAGAGACCCGGCCCCGGAGAAUGCUGACCAAGUGGAAGGAGAUGUCCGACAGGUCGGACCGGCUGCUGGAGCACUGCUCUAUAGCGCUGGUGGGGAAGUACACAAAGUUUUCAGACUCCUACGCUUCAGUCAUCAAAGCUCUGGAGCACUCUGCCCUCGCCAUCAGCCAUAAAUUAGAGGUCAAGUAUAUAGACUCUGCACAUUUGGAGCCCAGCACUCUGCAGGAGGAACCAGUGAAAUACCAUGAAGCGUGGCAGAAGCUCUGCAGUGCUGAUGGCAUCCUGGUUCCUGGAGGUUUUGGUGUCAGAGGAACUGAAGGAAAGAUUCAUGCCAUCAACUGGGCCAGAAAACAGAAGAAGCCUUUUCUAGGUGUGUGUCUGGGAAUGCAGCUGGCUGUGUGUGAAUUUGCCAGGAACGUGCUCGGCUGGGAAGAUGCAAACUCAACUGAAUUCCACCCAGAAUCAAAACACCCUGUGGUCAUCGAUAUGCCAGAACACAACCCGGGACAGAUGGGCGGGACUAUGAGGCUAGGAAAGAGACGGACCAUUUUCAAGACAACAAACAGCGUAAUACGCAGACUUUAUGGAGAUGCAGAGUAUGUGGAUGAAAGGCACAGACAUCGCUUUGAGGUCAAUCCUGAGCUCACGAGUCACUUUGAGGAGAAGGGCUUCCGUUUCAUAGGUCAAGACGUCGAAGGGGAGAGAAUGGAGGUCAUAGAGCUGGAUGAUCAUCCUUACUUUGUCGGAGUGCAGUACCAUCCUGAGUUCACCUCUCGACCCAUCAAGCCAUCACCCCCCUAUUUCGGUUUGCUGCUCGCUGCUGCCGGAAAGAUACAGAGCUACUUACAGAAGGGUUGCCGUCUGUCUCCAAGGGAUACCUACAGCGAUCAGAGCGGCACCAGCACCCCGGACUCUGAGAUAUCAGAGCUGAAAUUACCUUCAAUCUCGAGCGAAUGACUCUGGUCUGAAAUUCAGCAUUAAAGUUUCUUUGUAUAUUUUACCAAUGAACCUCAACAUUACAUUUAUAUACUGCUUCAUUUUAGGGAAUACAUGAAAUCUUUUUCUGUCUUGAACAAAAACAACCAUAAAUGUCAGUUACCUUCCCA